UCCUUUCUCGGUGUGAAAAAAAAAAAAAAGAAAAAAAAAAGAAAGCAUUGGCACUUUUGUAGUUCACAGUCGGGACGUCUUGCGGUCCUCUCUCAGCCACUGUGCAGACAGCGGCUCGGCGCACAUCGUCGCUGCGGUGUCUGUCUACUCUCCGGAACAGCCACCUACUUGAAAUGGAGCCUGAGACCUGGCAGUAAUGGAUGUCUUGUCUCUUGGGUGGAUCUGCCAGCACUGAGACCAGGGGAGGGCCAAAUUAAUUGAAACCACUGGAGUGAACGAGAGGGCAAAAGUAAAGCUUGCCAAAGUAGUGACUGUGUCUUGGCUGUGAAGGAAGGAGCGAGAAGGCACAGACCCCACUUACUCUUUCCAAACAAAGGGAGUGUUUGCCUAGGAAGUGUUCUUCACUGUCUGUCUGAACAGGAAUAUUUCACCUUGGAAAAUGAAGAUGUUGUUGCCAUGGGAACUCUUAAUCCUUCUGUCACUCAAAGAGUGCCUUGCCGAGAACGCCCGCCACGGUCCUGUCUUUACCCAGGAGCCCAGUGACAGUAUUUUCCCCAUGAGCUCCGGCGACAAGCUGGUGUUCAUUAACUGCAAAGCGAAGGGUAACCCACCUCCACACUACAGGUGGAAAGUGGAUGGGAGGGACAUAGACUCCGGCUCGGACCAGAGCUACAGCCUUGUUGAAGGGAACCUGCUGAUCAAUAAUCCUCAUUUUAUCAAUCACGGAGGCGUCUAUCAGUGCAUCGCCACCAACGCGUUUGGAACCAUCGUCAGCAGGGAGGCAAAGGUCCAGUUUGCAUUUCUGCAGAACUUCAGCCAGAAGCCGCGGAACACGGUGACGGUGAGAGAGGGUCAAGCUGUGGUUCUCCUCUGUGGCCCGCCGCCCCAUUACGGAGAGAUCAAGUAUUCCUGGGUUUUCAAUGGCAACCGCAGCUUCCUCCAGCAGGACGCCCGCCGUUUCAUCUCCCAGCGGACGGGCAACUUGUACGUUGCCAAAGUGGAAGCCUCGGACGCCGGGAACUACACGUGUGUAGUGAGAAACAUGAUGACCAACGCCACGGUGUUCAGCUCUCCGACCCCGGUGGUGGUGCGGGGUGACGUGGUGAUGGGGGAAUACGAGCCCAAGAUCGAGGUUCAGUUUCCUGACACCCUUUACGUUUCCAAAGGAUCGUCAGUGAAGCUGGAAUGCUUCGCCCUAGGAAACCCCGUGCCAUCCAUCUCCUGGAGGAGAGCCGAUGGAAACCCACUCCCUGGGAAGAUUAAGAUCAACCACUCCACCGGAGAUCUGGAAAUUCCAUAUUUUCGCCCAGAGGAUGCCGGUGUGUUCGAGUGUGUUGCUGAGAACAGCAGAGGGAAGAAUGUUGCCCGAGGGCAGCUGAUAUUCCAGAAUGUUGAACAUCUUCAGUGGACUCAGAUCCUGAAAGAUGCACAUAUGGCCAUUGAUGCCAACCUGCAGUGGGAAUGUAAAGCCAUUGGUAAACCUAAACCUAAGUAUCGAUGGUUAAAGAAUGGUCAACCGCUGACAACAAAGGAGAGAGUUCACAUUGAAGCUGGCAGACUGACCAUAUCUACGAUCCGUUUGUCAGACUCAGGGAUGUAUCAGUGUGUGGCAGAGAAUGAAUAUGGAUCACUGUAUGCCAGCGCUGAGCUCAAGGUUGUAGCUUCACCGCCUGACUUUACCCAGCGGCCCGUGAAAAAAUCCACAGUGAUCCAUAGAGGGGGAGAGGUGGUGUUAGAGUGCCGGCCCAAUGCGUCCCCCAGGGCCACCAUCUCCUGGUGGAGAGGGGCCGAGCUCCUGAGGACCGGCAAGAGACAGAUGAUCCUGCAGGACGGCACGCUGCGUAUCGCUAACAUCUCCAAGGCGGACGAGGGCAGCUACACAUGUGUGGCCAGAAACCAUUUCGGAGCCUCCAGCAGCACAGGGGAUCUGGUAGUGAAAGAGCCCACCAGGAUUGUGGUCCCACCUCUAAGCUCAGACGCCAGUGUGGGACAGAGCCUGGUCCUGCCCUGCCAGGUGUCCAGCGACUCGUCCCUCAGUCCCGUCUUCAAGUGGUUCUUCAACGGCAAGGCCAUCGACUUCAGCCGGCAGGAGCACUUUGAGAUGAUUGGUGGGGGAUUUGCAGGUGACCUGAUGGUGAGGAACAUCCAGCUAAGGCACUCUGGAAAGUAUGUGUGUAUGGUACACACUGACGUGGACACGGUGUCGGCAGCGGCAGAUCUAAUUGUUAGAGGACCUCCUGGUGCCCCUCAGGGUCUGCUAGUGACCGCCAUUACCAACACUACAGCGCAGCUGUCCUGGAGCUCUGGACCAGACAACCACAGUCCCAUCACCAUGUACAUGGUUCAAGCUCGGACCCCCUUCUCUAUUGGCUGGCAGACAGUGAAGACAGUUCCUGAUUCUGUCCCUGGACAGAUGAUGCAUGCAACUGUGAAGGAUUUGAGCCCCUGGGUGGAAUAUGAAUUCAGGGUGCUGGCAAUCAACAGUGUUGGUGUUGGAGAACCCAGCAUGCCGUCAAAACAGAUCCGAACCAAAGCAGCAGCUCCCAAGGUUGCACCGGUUAAUGUGAGUGGCGGUGGGGGAGCUCGAGGAGAGCUUGUCAUUACGUGGGAGCCGGUUCCAGAGGAACAGCAGAGCGGAGAGGAAUUUGGCUAUCUCGUGGCUUUCCGCCCGCUCGGCAGCAGCACCUGGAUCAAGACGGUGCUGGCCUCAGCCGACGUGUCCAGAUACGUGUACAGGAAUGACAGCGUUGCACCACUGUCCCGUUUCGAAGCCACUGUGGGUGUGUUCAACAGUAUGGGCGAGGGGCCGUUCAGUCGGAUCGUGAAAGUGUUCUCUGCAGAGGAAGAGCCUUCUGCUGCUCCAUCGAGAGUAUGGGCUCAUUCCAUAUCUGCCUCUGAGAUUGAGGUGUACUGGGAACCAGUUCCUCCCAGGUCCAGCACUGAGAACAUCAUAGGGUACGAGGUUCUCUUUUGGGAGGGAAGCUCUGAGCAGCGUGAAGCAGACAGGGUGAGGGUUACCGACAGCUCGGCGCUGCUCUCCGGUUUGAAGAGCAGUACAGUCUACAUGAUCUCAGUGAGAGCUCAGAACAGUGCCGGACUUGGACCCUCUAGCCCCUCCAUCAGCGUCGCCACCAAGAAACCACCACCAAGCCAGCCUCCAGGGGCCAUUGAGUGGAACCUGACCAACUCAAAGAUCUUUCUGAAGUGGGAGCACGUCAAGGCGUCGCAGAACGAAUCCGAGGUGACGGGAUACAAGGUUGUGUAUCGCCAGAGCUGGUAUGGAAGGACUACAGUACUGCAAACCAAUAAGACCAGCAUUGAGCUGCGGGUUCCUUAUGGGGAGGACCACAUCAUUGAGAUCACAGCGCUGACUGAGGGGGGCCAUGGGACCAGCAGCGGUCCCAUUCACAUACCAAAGAUGUCCAGUCUGAAUUCAAAAGGAUGUGUGGCUAGAAUCCCAGCGAAGACGUACUGUUUAAUCCCCUUCGGACUUCAUUUAUUAAUCCAUCUACUGAUGCUAUUAUGCUGAAAAUAAACGCAGUGCAUAUUGUUCCUCCUACAUGUGACAUUUGAACAAACGGCUGCAACUGUAAAUUUUUUCAGCUUCUGGUUUCCAAGGGACAGGAGUGGAGAGAUGGAACCUUUGUCAAAGGUUGUCCACAAAGUGCUGCUCUCAGACAACAGCACAAAACAUCUCCUGCUGGGCUGCAACACUGCACAAUGCAGAAGUUUGUCAAAGCUGAAAAACGGACCUUCUCUCCUUUCACUGGCAAAUGAAUUUGAGCACAGCUUCAUGUCCCUUUUUUAUUUCUGUGUGUGCGCUUACUUUGCAUUAACGUUAAAGUCCAGUUUCAGCUUGUUUUGAUGUGAAACCUGUUACCUUGGUGCACAAAUUUCUCUCUCAACCAGCAGGUUUGAAAGAAAAGCGUCCCAUCAUCCUCUUCGCUUUGUUUCCUGAGGACGAGCAGUUGAGCCUUGAGUUUUUUACUUCAGUAUGAAAGAAAAACCUUUGAAGAAAUUGUAAAUAUUUUUCACCAGGUCUGCAGCCAGCCGGAGGUAAUGAAAAUACACCUUUAUGAUGCAGGUUAUAAAUCUUCCAAGAUAAGAGGAAGAAGACAUCUGGCUUUCUAACCUGUAUAUGUUGCAGGCUAUAGUAGAUCAACAGUUAGCAUCAUUAGCUUAGCAGCUUGAAACAGAAGUUCUCAAAAUGUUCAAUUUCCAUCCCAAAGGAAAAUAACUGCACAGAGCUGAGAAUCCAUUUACUGCAGGUUGAAUACAAAACAAGUUAUUGCGCUUGGUCUGCUUAUUAUUUUUUUGUCACAUUGUGCCAGAGUUCCUGUUGACACCAAACUUAAACUGUGCUGGCAAGUGACUUGCAGCAUUUCAGUUUAAGUUAUCAGCUGUAGCUAAAUAUCUACUGUAAACCCCCCUCACAGCGGAUGAAAACCCCUCUAUGCUCUCAGUGAAGACUUGAUGAACAAAAGUCUGCAUGUUCCACUGAGCACCGUGAGCUCAUGUCACGGAAAAUCUUUUUAUCAAACUAUUGUAAAAUAUUAUAAAUACAGAGUGACUACUUUUCCAUCUCCUCCUUUAAAAAAACAAUGACAGAACAAGUCUUUGAUAUCAUCACAUGUAAAUUUACCUUUUAAAUCAUAGCCUAAAAACUCAAAACUUCCUUUGGUCAACGUGUUGCACAAUAUGGGCGUGUGUGUGCUUCUCUACAGCUAGGAACUGUUGCCAUAGGGAACCCAGCACACACUGCUCUUCUUUUCCAAGGUGCCUGAUCAAGACUCUGUUGAUUAGUGCAGAGACUUCAGACUUAAAUUCUCUCCAGCUAUCUUUCAGUACCCAGGGCUUUAACCAGGUGUGAGGGGGUUUUAUGUGACUUAGCCUGAGACAGUUCAGAUUCUAUUGCUAAAUCUGGCAGUUUUAACUCCCAUCUUCUGAAUCUGAGAGAUAAUAUGCAACACUUUUUUUUUCUACAUUUGAUACUUGAGACAAAAUCAAUGAAUGCAUCUCACCCAGUCGCUUUGUGCAUCUCACCCAGUAGUUUUGUUCCAUCUCAGCCCUGCUGUUGCUAUUGAUGCUUUAUUGGGCCGAUCAGUUCCUGCUCACACAGCGUUGUGGCAAAAUGGGAGCAGAUCCAUCAUUAAAGUAAUUAAUAACACGUUUGCUGUUCCCUCUGCAAUUAGUUAAAGUCUCCGCUGUGAGCAGAGCUGCUCAGUAACCACACGCUCAAACUUAUAAACAUAAUUAUAUUAGACCAGCUAAUGGCUAAUAUUGGCCCAAGAAGUGGUGUUUAGUUAAAGAGACAAGCCAGCUAGGAGUUAGCACAUUUCUUCUGUUUCAUUCGUUCCUCUAAUGCCUGUGAGUGAUGGAAGCUACAAAACAUGUUUUUUACUGAAGUUCAUUCCGUUGCUGUGGUUUAUUGUUCAUCUAUGUUGAAGACUGUUGCCAGCUGACGUAUAUAUCUUCAUCCUAUCAAUGGUACUGCUGAACUCCUCAAAGGCCAAGCUGCUUCUUUUCUUCUCUUGAUGUUAUGCAGGAAAACACAGAGUGAUUAAAGCUUGUGAUGCUUUAACAGGUGUGCAGACACUCUGAGUUGCAUUUUUAGCCAAGUUUCUGUCAGAAAUCCAUUAAAUCGCUCUGCCUUAGCAAGUUCAUAUGCUGUUUAUGUGAAAUGUUGGAAAAGAUUCACUUUAAAUGUUGAUGCAUCCAAACUGUUUACUGGUGCUGUGUAUCAAAGCGAUGAAGUCAUCCUGCAUCAAGACCAUUGUGCUUAUAAUGUAAAGAGAUGGAUUUAUAAUGAUAGGACAAAAUGAGGAAUGUUAUAGUAUGACCGCAUUUGAAUUGUUUUUGUUUUGUUUUUGUUAUUUUGCAGGAAGAAAGGAUGGGUUGAAGGGAAAAAAACCUGAACAAUUUAAGAAGUACCACAGAAUAUUACGAGAUGUAAAGUUUCCUCAAGUAGAUUUCACAUUAAGAGUCGAAUACGUUGGAAAAAUUAGUGUCGGUGUGUGAAGCACUCUGAUUGCUAGCUUCAACAUAAAACAGAUUUGUUUUGCAAAAGUAUUCAUAUCCUUCAGUUUGUCCAUAAUUUGUCAUGUGUGAAAGGGCAGCACAUAGUAUCAUAUUCAUAUACAAUAUGAAUAUGAAUUUGUUUUAUACAGUUAUAAAUAAGUUUUCUUUCUAUUUUUUUUUUUUUUUUUUUUUUUUUUUUUUUACAAAUGUGAAUCUGAAAAGUGUGGUGUGUACUUAUAUACAGACCCCUGGAUCCAUUAUUAUUAGAACCACCUUCCAUGCAUAUACAGAUGCUGGUCUUCCAGUCUCUGGCAACUUUCCCUUUUCCCUGUUCUUCCUUGUUGGAGCUGAAGCUGCAGAUGGGAAGCAGAACAUCUGUGAACGUCAGUUUUAAGUUUUGCUAGGUCUUGGUUUAGCUUUAUGUCUCCACCAGUAGAGUUGAAAAUGCGACCCGGGGGCCAUUUGUGAACCUCUGAUUUUAUGCGACCUUCAACAACCAUUCAUCUGUAGCAUAGCUCUGGUUUGCUAACUCAAGUACUUGAUGCAAGGAUUCAUUUACAAAACUAUUUAAACUGAUAGAAAGCCUUUUAAAAUUCCUAAAAUUGAUAAUUUAAGGUGCAACACAAAGAAUAAAUUGACUUUCAAUCUUGUUUUUAUGUUUGCUUUGAUUAAAUGUGAUGUUAGACAUCAAACAGUGACAUUUACUGGGAUGCAGACAUGGAGGCACAGCCUUAUUGAGAUGGGCUAAAUGAAACAAUAAUGAGCCGUAGCUGGUUUUAGUUGCUGAAAAUACAAAUACGAAAUAAAACCUAGACAAAAUGAAUCAA